AUGUUUUCAGCCUGUGCAAGCACAGUGCGGAAACUGGUGCGUGUUGCUUGGAAACAGCGCUCGCUCUUGGUAACUAGUACCGUCGGAAGCGCGGCACUCGUCACCUAUGCAUUUUACACAAACGAGCCCGUGCGAGCUCAGAAGCUCAUAACACGGCCGGCACCGCACCCCGCAGGAAACCAGCCCCCCAAAGCCUCACAGAGUGCAGCGAAACCGCAGCACGAACUCCCGUAUGCGGAGCGGCUGCAGAAGGCAGUCGCCCGCAUACGAGAAGCGCAACCGCAACUCGACAUAUCGCUCGACUCGAGUCACUUGGAGAGCCACGCUCGCGAUGUGUCUUUUCACGAACCGCACCUGCCGGACGUUGUCAUCUACCCGCGGUCUGCCGAGGAGGUAGCUGCGGUGCUCCGCUCUGCAACGGAGUUUCGCAUCCCUGUGGUCCCAUAUGCGGGCGCCACCUCCCUCGAAGGCCACAUUGUGCCUCGGUUUGGUGGUAUCACCGUCGACUGCUCGCAGAUGAACCGCAUUCUCGCAGUGCGGCCUACCGAUAUGGAUUGCGACGUGGAACCAGGGGUGCCCUGGGAGGCGCUCAACGAGCAUCUUCGUCCGUAUGGCUUGUUUUUUGCCCCUGACCCUGGACCCGGCGCGUGCAUUGGUGGCAUGAUUGGCACCUCGUGCUCCGGAACAAAUGCGGCUCGCUACGGGACCAUGCGUGAGAAUGUCCUGAGUCUCGAGGUUGUCUUACCAACAGGCGAGAUCGUCCAACAGACGCGCUCGCGAGCCAGGAAGAGCUCCGCGGGGUACGACCUCACGCGCCUAUUUGUCGGCUCCGAGGGCACGCUCGGUAUUGCUACCAAGGCGACCUUGCGCUUGCGCCCGCUACCGGCCUAUAGAGGUGUCGCAAAAUGUACAUUUGAGCGCCUCGAGGAUGCUGCAGCUACUGUCCAGGACGUGCUCGGGCCACCGCUGGCCGUUUCGAUUGGUCGCUGCGAACUCAUGGAUCGACUAGCGGUCCAAGCGGUGAACCUGUCGACGAAUCAGGAACUCGAGCUGGAUGAAUCACGACAUCUGCUGCUCUUCGAACUGGUCGGAGAAUCCAUGCAGGUCAUUCGAGAGCAAGCACACCGAGUGAAGAUGUGCGCCGAGCGACACCAUGUUCACGAGUGGCGCAUGGCAGCCGCCCCGCAUUGCCUAGAGUCGCUCUCGCGGCCUGCCGAAGCAGACAAGCCACAAACGACGCAUGUGGAUGCCCUGCAUACGAAUGCAGCACUGAGAGCGAAUCUGGACGGUGCAGGGGACGCUCGGGUUGAGACGCAUCCUGGCUCCGCCGAGCAUCCCGAGGUCCCGCCUCCAGCGACAGCGAAUCACGUGGCUGCCGAUGCCUUCGCAACAGCAUCCGUUCAGAUGCCCGAGCAGCGCGGGAGAGUCGCGGACGCGGUGCCCCGGAAUCGAAGCACCAGCGAGGUUGGUGGUCAAACACAAGCUCCGACGUGGCUCGUCCCGGAAUCGCCCGACGACCGUCAGGAAAUCGCAGCCAGCCGUGCCGCCAGCGUCGAAGACAUCGCCACUUUUGACCCUGCACCAGGAGCAUGGCCAGCGCAGCAGCCCGGAAAACAACUCACUGCCGAUGACAUGGAUGCCGCAGAGCGUCGGCUGUUGGAAGAGCGCGAGCGCCUCUGGCGCUCGCGCAAAGUCGCCUACUGGUCCGCUUACGAACUGCGACCUGGUGCGGAAAUAUGGACAACAGAUGUGGCAGUGCCGCUCUCAAAACUGGCCGACGUACUUCGCGAAACCCAACAGGAUAUCGAGCAGACCAACCGUGCGUAUACGGAGCGACACGGAUCGCUAGUGCCGCUGGUCGCCCCGCUAGUUGCUCAUGCCGCUGACGGGAACUUCCACCUACUGAUGUUGGUGGACCCCAAAGACCCUGUCGAACUGGAACGCGCUCAGCAAGUCAACGAUCGUCUCGUCCAGCGGGCAAUCGCUGCUGGCGGUACCUGUACCGGGGAACACGGUAUCGGUGAGGGGAAGCGGCAGUACCUCGUGCCUGAGCUGGGACUCGAGGCCGUCGACUUGAUGCGACGGAUUAAAGCGACAAUCGAUCCGGCGGGGAUCAUGAACCCAGGAAAAGUGCUCCCACCCGAAGUCGGCGACACAGGGGAACUGCUCCUCCAUCGCAGCUACGAAGCGUAA